GCCUGAAAAAGCGGGAACCGACUCCGACUCCAACUCCAACUCCAGUGUCACUCUCCGGCGAUAUAAAUUACGACUCUGCUUUUACCGGGAAUUCACAUUUCCGGAGGACGGAAAGUCAAAAAGCAAAAAGGCUCUGGCUACUGGCGACUGGCGACUAGCGACGACUCUCUUUCUGCCUUUCUUUUUAGGGUUCGACUCUCGAGAUCCUCUGGUCUCGGUGGCUAUAUAUAGGUUGGGGGAGCGAUCUCUGAGGAAAACGAGGCAGGGAAGAGAGAGAGACAGGUAGAGAAACGAUCGACGCACGUCACACCAAUCGCAUUUUUAGGUUCUCUUGUCGGAACUUCAAGGGAACUGAUCUUUCUGGACUCAAAGGAGUUUAAGCAUUAAUUUCUAAUUAUUGUCCUUGUUCCGGAAAAGGAGAGAUCGCUUUCAGUUUGGAGAACGGGCUGGUUCUUUGUAUUAAUAAACAUAGGAAUACGGGAGGUGAAGUUCGGACAAAGAGAUAGGGUUUGGGGAGUUCGAAGGCAAUGGAGCAGAAACACAUUCUCAUGUCGGCCUUGAGCGUCGGUGUUGGUGUCGGUGUCGGGCUUGGUUUAGCCUCUGGACAGACAAUAAGUAAAUGGACGAAUCUCAGUUCUUCAAAUGCUAUUACUGGAGAUAAGAUCGAGCAGGAGCUGAUGAGACAGGUUGUCGAUGGGAAAGAAAGCAACGUCACCUUCGAUGAGUUCCCUUAUUACCUCAGUGAGCAGACACGGGUGUUAUUGACUAGUGCUGCCUAUAUGCAUUUGAAAGAAGCUAACUUUUGUAAGUACACCCGGAACCUUUCUCCUGCGAGUCGGACUAUUUUGCUAUCUGGACCUGCUGAGAUGUACCAACAAAUGCUUGCAAAGGCUUUAGCACAUUACUUUGAAGCAAAGUUGCUUUUGUUAGAUGUUACUGACUUUUCAUUGAAGAUACAGAGCAAAUACGGCACUGGAAAUAAACAAUCUUCCCUUAAGAGGUCCAUCUCUGAGACGGCACUAGAGCGAAUGUCCAGUUUAUUUGGUUCAUUUUCAAUCCUUCCACAGAGGGAGGAUACAAAAGGUAAGUUAUGGAGGCAAAGUAGCGCUUUGGAUAUCAGGUCAAGGGGAACAGAAGGUUCUAAUAAUACUUCAAAGCAUCAUGGAAAUGCUUCUGUUGCAGCUGACAUAAGUCGCCCUGCCUCACAAUGCACUUCUGUAAAUUCAGCUUCUCUGAAGCGCACCAGCAGUUGGGCUUUUGAUGAUAAACUUCUUUUACGGUCACUUUACAAGGUUCUGGUUUCUGUGUCAAAAACCAGUGCCACUGUCCUCUACCUGAGGGAUGUUGAGAAACUUCUUUUCCGAUCUCAAGGGAUAUACACUUUGUUCCAGAAAAUGUUUAAGCAAUUAUCAGGACCAGUGCUGAUCCUUGGUUCACGGAUUUUGGAUCCGGGCAAUGACUAUGGAGAAGUAGAUGAGAGGCUCACUCUUCUGUUUCCUUACAACAUUGUAAUUAAGCCACCUGAAGAUGAGAGCCACCUUGUUAGCUGGAAAACCCAACUGGAAGAGGACAUGAAGAUGAUCCAAUAUCAGGAUAACAGGAACCACAUUACUGAGGUUCUUGCAGCAAAUGAUCUCGAAUGUGAUGAUCUGGGUUCAAUAUGCCUUGCAGAUACUAUGGUUCUAAGUAAUUACAUAGAAGAGAUUAUUGUAUCAGCAAUUUCUUAUCAUUUGAUGAACAACAAAGAUCCUGAAUACAGAAAUGGAAAGCUUGUUAUCUCAUCCAAGAGUUUGUCCCAUGGAUUGAGUAUAUUCCAGGAUGGCGAAAGCAAUGGUAAAGAUACUUUAAAGCUGGAAGCAAAUGCUGAACCUGAUAAGGACCCUGAAGGGGAUGAAAUUAGUGGUCUGAAGCCUGAAUCAAAAGUUGAGACUCUGGCAGCAGAAAACAAAAGUGAGGCUGAUAAGUCUGCUCCUGUAGUGAAGAAGGAUGGUGAGAAUUCAUCUGCUCCUGCAAAAGCAUCUGAAGUUCCUCCAGACAAUGAAUUUGAGAAGCGUAUAAGGCCAGAGGUGAUCCCAGCAAGUGAUAUUGGGGUGACAUUUUCUGAUAUUGGUGCACUAGAUGAGGUUAAGGAAUCUCUUCAGGAGCUGGUCAUGCUUCCUCUUCGAAGACCGGACCUAUUUAAAGGAGGUCUUUUGAAGCCUUGCAGAGGAAUAUUGCUCUUUGGACCUCCGGGUACUGGAAAGACAAUGCUGGCAAAGGCAAUAGCCAAAGAGGCUGGUGCUAGCUUUAUUAACGUCUCCAUGUCAACAAUCACAUCAAAAUGGUUUGGGGAAGAUGAGAAGAAUGUCAGGGCUCUUUUCACUCUUGCAGCGAAGGUUUCCCCAACAAUUAUUUUUGUGGACGAGGUUGAUAGCAUGCUUGGGCAGCGAACCAGGGUUGGGGAGCAUGAAGCCAUGCGUAAGAUUAAGAAUGAGUUUAUGACGCAUUGGGAUGGACUUUUGACGAAACCUGGUGAACGUAUCCUUGUUCUUGCUGCAACAAACAGGCCAUUUGAUCUCGAUGAAGCAAUUAUUAGGCGGUUUGAACGCAGAAUUAUGGUUGGUUUACCUUCUGCGGAGAACCGGGAAAUGAUCUUGAGGACACUUUUGGCCAAAGAAAAGGUUGAAGAAGGACUAGACUUUAAGGAGCUUGCAAACAUGACAGAAGGAUACAGUGGGAGUGACCUGAAGAACUUGUGUACAACAGCAGCUUAUCGGCCAGUUAGAGAGUUAAUCCAGCAGGAAAAACUCAAGGAUUUGGAGAGAAAGCACAAAGCUGAAGGACAGAACUCAGAAGAGGCCUCAGAUACAAAAGAAGAGGGUAAAGAGGAGAGAGUUAUUACCCUCAGGCCACUAAACAUGGAAGACAUGAGGCAGGCAAAGAAUCAGGUUGCGGCUAGUUUUGCAGCUGAGGGGUCUAUUAUGGGCGAACUGAAGCAGUGGAAUGAAUUGUAUGGGGAAGGAGGUUCAAGGAAGAAGCAGCAGUUAUCAUACUUCCUUUAGGGGGUGGUUGAAGGAGGCAUCCCAUCCUCUGAACUCACCGGCACCGUUCUCUUUGAAAAAGAAUACAAGUUUAGAGAAGGUAUACGAAGCUCAAUGAUUAUGGAUGAUGCUGACAUUGGUGAGUAAUUGAUAAAAAGCUCUUCACAGUUUUUUACAGGAAGAAAGCUCACCAGAAAAUGUAGCUAUUGCCGUGCAUGGUUAGCUGGAACCACCACCAUGUGGUUUUCUCCCAGAAAAUAUUAGGUAUGUGUGCAUCAUGUACCAGUGAACUACUGCCUCCAAUUGUGCUCUGGAAGAUUUAAGCAUUGUUCAUCAAACACAUGAUAUUGUGGAGUCUGAAGACCAAGUAUUAGGUCUAGAGCUUUCUUUGUUAGGGUUGUGUCUUAAAUUUUUUUAUGGUGUUGUAUCAUAUGCCCCUUGUAAUUUAAAAAGCCCUUGAAGCCCACCCAGUGUGGGAUACAACCAAUGUAGAAUUGGCCUUUAUUUAUUACGUGAGAAAACUCAAAAAGUAGGUAUUUCAUAUAUGAAGGAAAUUUGCAGAGUGGUUUAUUUUGUGAAUGCGUAAUGUGUAUUGUGUGGUCUCUGUAACAUUUGUAAGUCUGACAAAAACAAGAUUGGCAUUUAUGUUCCA